AUGUCGACGCCCGCGUACACCAAGCACGUCGUCGCGUUCACGAUCAGUGGUGGUUGGGGUCAUGCACGACCGAUGGUCGCGUUCUUGUGUCGUCUAGUGCAGCGCGCGCCCGUGCUGGUGACCUUCAUCGUCUCCGUGGUCAUCGAGGACAAGACGAGGAACGAAGUUGAUCGCUUCCUGACGGGCGAGCAUGCGGACAAGAAGGAGCGAUUCAGGCUCGUAUUCAUCCCCGCUGCGACCCCCGUACGUAUGCAAGAGAUGAAGGAGAACUUCGAGAACGCAUAUACAGCCAUACUGGCCGACAUCACCACCCGCGCACCGGAUGUGAUGGUCUGCGAUACCAUCGCCCACUGCGUCCUCCAAUCCACCCGCGCCAUGUCGCCCGCGACUCGCAUCGUCGGCUGGUGCGGCUACGGCGCCAUCGCCAUCCUCACCCUAGCGCAGAUGUUCGAGAAAGAUAUUGAAAAGCACUGGGAGCUGAUUGAGAAGAGAGUGAAGGAGGAAGGCGUUCUGCCGAGGGCGGUGGCGAAUGAGAUCGCACUGAACGCAACCUCGGGAAAGACGCUGGACGUCGCGGACUUGCCGCCCAUGGCGGACUAUGAGCUGUUCCCGCAGCCACCCGUCUUCAUGCCCUGGGACGUGCACUUCCACUCCGUUCGCUCCGUCCCGACCUGCGAAGCCAUCAUUGCCCCCUCCUGUCGCUCAAUCGAACCCAAGACCUGCGAUGCGCUGGCAGCGCGACUUGCACCAAACCACUUCUUCGCCGUCGGUCCGUUGUUCCCGCCCGCAGAGGAGGCGAUGUCAAAGGCAGGCGUCGCCGAGAUCGCGCAAUCAGAAGAGGGAGCGGAGAUCGUGAGCUUCAUGGACCGGAUGCUGAAGGAGAAGGGGGAGAAGAGUGUGCUCUAUAUCUCCUUCGGCUCGACGUUCUCCACCUUCAUUGGGAUUGAGAAGGAGGUGAUGUGGGCAUGGUUCGAUGUGGUGGCGGAUAUGGGAAUUCCGGUGAUCAUCGCCUAUCACAAGAUGAGUGAGCCACUACCUGCAGAGUUGAAGGCCAAGUUCGACGCUGGCGGGGUCACGUUGGUAUCGGCAUGGACGCCCCAGCAGUACGUGCUGGCGCAUCCAGCCACCGGCUGGUUUCUCACCCACAACGGCUUCGGCGGCACGAACGAGGCCCUUGCCGCUGGCGUCCCUACCGUCUCUUGGCCCAUCUGCGCCGACCAGCCACUGUACGCGCUCCUCGUCUCCCGCGUGCACAACACAGGGCACGAGCUUAACGAGGUGCGCCGCGGCUUCGGGCGCAGGCCACGUCAGAGCAAUGGGUGGACACCAACGAGCGACGUCUUCGACAUUAACGCGCCGUAUAAUGUUGUGUGGACGCCAGGGAAUGAGGACAAGGUCUCGGCGGAGACGAUUGAAAAGGUGCGGGAGGAGGCGAAGAGGGUGCUGGGAUGGGCGUUCUUUGAUGAGGUGAAGAGAGCUGAGAAGGAGGCGAAUGCCGCGCGGGUCAAGGCAAUGGUAGAGAUUGCGUGGGCGGAAGGGGAAGGAAAUGAGCAGGGGGUGGCGGCGAGGGAUAUGCAGCGGUUCAUCGAAGUGUUUCUAAGUUAG